AGCAGUGCCGUUCCUUUUGAGGAAGACUGAAUCUAAAUGUUGUCUCUGGAGAGAAGCAGCCUUCAGUAUGUUAAAUGACUUUCAUUAUGUAUUUUCAGAUGCCUAUUGAUUGCACAGUAGGAAGAGUGAGAGACUGCAGCAGCCUCUAAGCAGCACUACAUGUUCCAUACAUUAGGAGCACUGCUGAAACAAUGGCACAGCACAGACACAUAUUUUCAUUAAGGUCAUUUCUGAAGAGAUGUUUAUGACCCUCUUUCCCCAGUUCUCUACUAGCAAGUGAGCAAAAUGAAUCAACCAAAACUGGAAAUGCUUCAACUACAGCAAGAAUUUAUCAAAUCUUUAGCAGAGGGCCCACGCGGGCUAAUUCACUAUUUACAACUGACAACAUGAAGAAUGCAGCUGAGCUUCUUCUCCUGGCUGAUGGUAGCCACAGACUACAAGAUAUUCUUGUAACAUAUGAUUUUAAGACAUCAAGGGGUUAAACCAGAAAAUGCAUCUACAUUACUGCUGGAAUAUAACAGAUCACCAGUAUCCUAAGAAAUGCUACACAGAAUAAUCACAAAAAGGAAAAGACAUCACUGUGAAAGCCUGAAAACAAAAUGGUGAGCAUUUUUAAAGGGAGAGUUUAUCCUUUAGCAUACCACAACUGUGAAAGCUAGCAAUUCUUGAAGAAACCUCAAUUUCCAAAAAGGAGAAUGACACACUUUACUGAGAAGCAAAAUGAAGCUUUAGCAAGGGCUUUCUGCACUAACUCUUCAGAUACUCAUAUCAAUUGAUGUGACUAAUGGAUUUUUCCAUCUGAGUUUUACGACCAAUUAUGUAUCCUCUUCUAAUGAAAACAAACCAAAUUAAAUAGCAGAUGGUUUUUAUCAAAAGAACAUGGACUGGAUUUAUAAUAUAAAGCAAGUUAUGUGAUCAAGAAAUCAUUGCAAAAUAAUGAGGACGGCUGUAGGAACAGAUUUACAAUUGUAACAAAAGGAUGUCUAAAUACAUUUUAGAAGCUAGAAAGCUUGUGCUUCCUUUUUUGUUUUCACAUAUUCUGGAAAACAGAGACAAUACCAUAUAUUCCCUCAAAGGGAAAAGUAAUUCCUAUCAUCUAAGGAAGUUUCUACUGGUCACGACUUUUUAAGGCAAAGCAAACACAAAUAUUAUGUACUGUUCUUUAGAAAUCCAACAGCCAACUAAAUCUUAAUUCAUGCAGCUGAAGUACUGGAGAGAAAAAUGAGAGAAUUCCUACAAGUAUGAAAUAAAACACAGCUACUUCCUUGUUGUCAGGUAAAAAAUCAUAUCAAAAUCUGUCAAUGACAUCAUGUAUCAAUUUCUGAAAAACUGUCAUAGUGAGCCAAAAGGCCCAUGAGGCAACAGCAAACAGGGAAAAAGACUGCUCCAAAAGAAUGUGUUUUUCUCCCACUCUGGAAAUCAACAUGCAGUCUGAAUCUAACAUUACAGUGCGAGAUGACAUUGAUGACAUCAACACCAAUAUGUACCAACCACUAUCAUAUCCAUUAAGCUUUCAAGUGUCUCUCACCGGAUUUCUUAUGUUAGAAAUUGUUUUGGGACUUGGCAGCAAUCUCACCGUACUGGUACUUUACUGCAUGAAAUCCAACUUAAUCAACUCUGUCAGUAACAUUAUUACAAUGAAUCUUCAUGUACUUGAUGUAAUAAUUUGUGUGGGAUGUAUUCCUCUAACUAUAGUUAUCCUUCUGCUUUCACUGGAGAGUAACACUGCUCUCAUCUGCUGUUUCCAUGAGGCCUGUGUAUCUUUUGCAAGUGUCUCAACAGCAAUCAACGUUUUUGCCAUCACUUUGGACAGAUAUGACAUUUCUGUAAAACCUGCAAACCGAAUUCUGACAAUGGGCAGAGCUGUAAUGUUGAUGAUAUCAAUUUGGAUUUUUUCUUUUUUCUCUUUCCUGAUUCCCUUUAUUGAGGUAAAUUUUUUUAGUCUUCAAAGUGGAAAUACAUGGGCAAACAAGACACUUCUGUGUGUCAGCACGAAUGAAUACUACACUGAACUGGGAAUGUAUUAUCAUCUACUAGUACAGAUCCCAAUAUUCUUCUUCACUGUUAUAGUAAUGUUAAUCACAUACACCAAAAUUCUUCAGGCUCUUAACAUUCGAAUAGGCACGAGAUUUUCUACAGGACAGAAGAAGAAAACAAGAAAGAAAAAAACAAUUUCUUUAACCACACAACAUGAAACUACAGACAUGUCACAAAGCAGCAGUGGGAGAAAUGUAGUCUUUGGUGUAAGAACUUCAGUUUCUGUAAUAAUUGCCCUUCGGCGAGCUGUGAAACGACACCGUGAACGAAGAGAGAGGCAAAAAAGAGUCUUCAAAAUGUCAUUAUUGAUUAUUUCUACAUUUCUUCUCUGCUGGACACCAAUUUCUGUUUUAAAUACCACCAUUUUAUGUGUAGGCCCAAGUGACCUUUUAGUAAAAUUAAGAUUGUGUUUUCUAGUCAUGGCUUAUGGGACAACCAUAUUUCACCCUCUAUUAUAUGCGUUCACUAGACAAAAAUUUCAAAAGGUCUUGAAAAGUAAAAUGAAAAAGCGAGUUGUUUCCAUAGUGGAAGCUGAUCCCAUGCCUAAUAAUGCUGUCAUACACAACUCUUGGAUCGAUCCUAAAAGAAACAAGAAAUUUACCUUUGAAGAUAGUGAAAUAAGAGAGAAAUGUUUGGUACCUCAGGUUGUUACAGACUAGGGAAAAGACUAAGUCUCACCAAAUUCACAUUCAGAAGAGUUUUAAAUUUAAAUUGUAAAAAGUGAAGUAACUGCCAAAUACAAAACAUUUUAAGUACUGGUUAUGUUGUAAAUUUUCAAUGUGAAUGUCAAAUAGAUUAGGUCAUAUAUAUUCAAUUUCUUCAUUACUUAAUGUAUUUGUUGCAUGGCAGUUUGUUAAAGUAAUAUCACGUGCAUAUUUUGUCAGUAUUAUGUCCAUCAGAUAUUCAUGUAAGUCAAAUUUUCUAAAGAAUAAAUACAUAGCCUUAA